AUGGGCGACGGCACCACGGAAAAUGCCAUUGCCAGCGACCACGCAUCACAACCACCGCCACUAGAAAAUGGAAAUGAGAAUCCAGACCCGCUAAAAAGAGUCAUCACGGUUGUUCUCUGCUACUGUGUCCUCUCUGCCAUCCCUGAAGUCGCCGCCACAUUCCAGACGACGGGCUCUAUCAUCAACGUGUCCAAUGCAUUGUUCAUGGCAUUCAUGGCUCUGGGUCCGAUGAUCUGGGCCCCCAUAUCUGGGGUCUUUGGGCGACGACCCGUUUUUCUCAUCUCAAGCACCUGUUUGACGGCGUUCAGCAUAGGGACCGCGCUGGCACCGAAUCUUCCUGCGUUUUUCAUAUUUCGCAUGCUCAGUGCGCUUCAAGGCACGGCUGUACUGGUCGUCGGGGCCGUGGUAAUUGGGGAUAUAUAUGUUCCCACCGAACGAGGAAGCGCACUUGGUUGGUUCUUGUCGGGUACGCUCAUCGGUCCAACGAUCGCGCCAUUGCUGGGUGGAAUCAUCGUAACCUACACAUCGUGGCGAGUGAUCUUCUGGACACAGACUGGCAUGUCAGGCCUAUCGAUGAUUUUAGUUACCUUUUUGCUCCCUGAGACCAUCCAUGAGAAGAAAACGCAGAUCUUCGAGGGCUUGACCCUGGCGCAGAAGUCGACCCGACUGCUGCACCUGAUGAACCCGACAGAAAUCAUAAUGUUGCUCGUGUCCUCUCCCAAUUUCAUGAUCGUGGGCCUGGCUGUUUCUUCUUUCAUGUGGAAUCAAUACUCACUUCUCACGCCCAUUCGCUACGUCCUGAACCCCCGAUUCCAUCUCGCAACGCCACUGCAGUCCGCGUUGUUCUUCAUCGCCCCUGGAGCAGGCUACUUGACCGGAACCUUUUGCGGCGGAAGCUGGUCCGAUUAUACCGUGAAGCGAUAUGUGGCAAAACGAGGGAGACGCGUUCCCGAAGACCGACUGAACAGCGCAGUCGUGAUAAUGGCCAUUCUGGUGCCAGGCUGCAUGCUGGUUUAUGGGUGGGCUGUCGAGAAGGAGGUCGGUGGUAUUCCGCUGGUCGUGAUCGCCAUGUACUUGCAGGGGUUGACGCAGCUGUUGUGUCUGCCGAGUCUGAAUACGUAUUGCGUGGAUGCGAUGGAGGAGAGUGGAAAGGGAUCGUUGGUCGUGGCGGGCAAUUACCUGACGAGGUUCAUGUUUGCGGCGGCGAGUACGGCGGUCUGUCUUCCUGCCAUUCAGGCCAUUGGAGUGGGAUGGUUCAGUACCAUUUCUGCCCUUUUCAUCUCGGUUUCGGCCGGGUUAGUGUGGCUGGUUGCGAAGUAUGGCGAGGGAUGGAGGUUGAAGCGAGAAGGGAGAUGA